ACAGGAUGACUGUGACUGUGACUGUGAUUGCGACUGCUCUUCUCACCACAGCUCAGCUGCUGCUGCUAGUCACAGGGACCCUCUCCAAUGGAGCUCUCUGUAUUUCAUCCAGGUCACGAUCAGGGCUCAAACAUCACACUGACCGUGUUUGACAGCUUCACAAACUUCAACAGGACUUACCCCGCCCACACUGCAUACAGGGGGAGCCUGCUGGGAGCCAUGAAGAGGCUCCAGGACGCUGAUCCUUCUUUCACGUUUAACACCACAAAAAACUUUGACUACGGCCCAUACCUAGUGAUUGUCAAUGGCCUGGAAGCACAUGACAAUGUCUACUGGGAGAUCCUGGUUGAGUAUAAGAAUGGAACUAUAAUCAGGACUAAUGUGGGUAUUGGCUGCUACCUCCCCGAAAACAAUGAACACGUUGUCCUGAAAUUCACCAAAUGGUGAAUCUGUGCAGUCACAAACAAGAGCAAAGCAAUAUUCACACUGGGCCAUUUUAUGACUUUGUGAAUGGCCCAGUGUUUGAUGAAAACAUGAACAAAUCUAAUAAAAUGGAAAGAAAAACACCAAAGUGUCUGUUUGUAUAAUUUGAGGAGCAGUCAUGAAUCUGCCCUGUGCCUUUCUCUACCCUGGCGGCUGGGUUUGGUUAUUAAAGCACUUGGAUGUGAGGCCUGGGAGAACAAUGGUGCUGGAAGUGAUGGCUGUGGUUCAGGUGGUAGUCUUCCCUCUCUGCCAAGCAGAAAGCCAAACCUGAUUUUUUUUUUCUGGUCAGAUGAAUACCACUUUGUGUUUGUCACAUUAGUUUUAUGAGCCCCAGGAUUAGCUGUGUAUGUGUGUGAUGUGAUUACAUUUUUGAAUCAUUACACAGCACUAUAAGGCUUACAUCAUAAUUAAAUUUGGCACAGAACUAGAAAUGUGUUCAGGUUCACUGUCCAGAACUGGCGAGGAAGAAGUGGCUCCUGGGAAACACAGGUCAGACAGACAUCACAUUCAUGAUCAAAGGAGAAAUGUAUUUCAAGAGUCAGUCACCCAACAGACUGCACCAUGCACCUAAUCUAUUUUUAAUUCCUUAUUUUAAUGAGCCAUAUGCCUCUAAUCUGGUAUAUAUUAAGUAAAACUCCAGCAUCCUUAGAUUGCGUCAUCCAUUGAAAAAGAAUUUGCUAAGAGCCUCUAAAUUUUACUCUGAGAUUACUGUCUCACGUUUAAAUGAAUAAAGGCAAUCAGGUGACCAGGCAUAUCCAACUCAUGGUCAUGGUUUAAAUGGCCACAUUAUGGCUGCAGUACAGAAGAGCUGUAUAAAGGUUCACCAAUAAGCUUCCUAUAUCGACUCACAUGGAUGAUUAAUUACUCCAAAAUGUCUUUUCUUUCCUUUAUUUUGGUUCCUUUUCUUUGCUGCUCAUGUCUUUCAGAUGCAUACCCACUGUAAACAGACAGGUGUGAGGCUCGUAAGUCCUGACAGAGCGGAUAAUCUGCUUAGUGCAUCACUAACCCUAAAAGAACAUCUGAUGGAUCCCCCCCCAGCACGAGGAGGAGCUUACAUUGGUUAUGUGCCAAAAUCAUUCCACUUUGUGCAAAACCCUACAACUUAGCAAAGCCAGAGAAACAUGUAACAUACACUGAUUAGCAGACAAUGAUAAAUUGCACACGAGUGGUGAUUCAAUUGCACAGAAAUAUCAAAAUUCUCAGAAAAAUAUUCAAAUAAAAUGUGGUCCAAUGUGAAACAAUAAAAUAACAGUACAAUUAUAGAUUCCCUAAUGUGUAUUUAAUUGAACAGCUUCUCUACCUGCCUCUUCUCGUCUCUGUGAAGGUGCAGGGAAAUUAUGCACGUUAAAACGAUUAGCAGCCGUAGGGCUUAGUGCAAGCAGUACUGUGUUGCCUCGCACAAUCUACUUUUCAUCAAUUACUGCAGCAGCUCUGGUACUAGAAGCCCUUGCUGGGAAGUAUUUUUGAGAAGAAACUCUUGCUGUGUCCUUUGGAGACCUGCUGGUUAUCAGGAGAGUACACAGCCAACAUCCUGGAUAUCUUUUACACUGCUGAAAUUAUUUAGCACAUGAAAUUGGACAGCAAGUACUGAUGGAAUUAGAAGAGGCUUGAUGUGUGUGAUAGAGAGGCACGUGUUUCAUAGUCGUAGUUUUGUUAGCGUGGUCUUUUGAUCCAAAGCUAAAAAUGGCACUGGGAUGAUAGUUUAUGAGGGCAAAAGGCACACACUUGCUGAUUUUGCUGUCGAAGGAUAGUAGCUGAAGCGGAAAAGAAGAAUCUAAAUUGAGACGGUGAGUUUGGAGAGGUGAGAGCAGAGGGUGCCUUUAAGUCCAGGAUGUGGAGUGGAAUUAGAAAUGAUGUUUAAUGUCCUCCGGUUGGACAGAAAGAAACGCAGCAUGAGGCUGGCCACUCUCCUGCUUCUGCUGGCUCCAGCCCUCGAAGUGAUCACACCCACACCUGUGCAACCAGUGGAGGGGGAAGCCGAGUUCACAGACACACCUCUGCAAGAGGUGGAGGAGGAGACGGUGUUCACACCCACACCUGUGCUAGAGCUGCAAGAGGAAGACGCCAGCACAGGGUGGAUGGAGGCGGGGGUGGAAACAUACUGGUCUGGGACAGCCCCUCUCUGCAUGGGGGGUUGUAUGGGGAAACACACAGAGCUCAGGAGAGAUCCAUGCGGGGAUUCCAGCUGCUGCUGGGUGGGGUACAAGUCCCUCUGCAGAGUGACCUGUGGGAAACCGGAUGCUGACUUCAAUGCUGUGGUCUCUGGGAGCAGCUGGUGGGUGGGCUCAGUUGUGAGACACACCUGUCGUCCUGGCUUCCUGCUCAUAGGAAAUUCAUCCAGCACCUGCCAGCCCAAUGGCAAAUGGACCCCCAAACCCACUUGUCUUCGUAUAUGCCAGCAGAAUCGCCUGGAGAUUAACGAGAGGGACAUCGACGGAAACUGUUCCUCUACCUGCUCCAUGAAAGCCUAUGCCGGUUUGCCCAAGCGUGGCUGUGUUAAGAUUGACAACUGUCAGUCCAAGGAGCCAGGCUGGAAGCGCUGGUUCACGGCAUGUGACAACUGCGUGUGCGACUGCUAUGCAUCCUGCAUAUCUUCAGGAUGAAGAAAUGUGUUUCGGUGGUACAUUGGGAUUUGGGACAUUGUAAAAACCAUCAAGCUCCAAGAAGAUACUAAUGGAACCUUGCUUACACAACUGAAACCAAAUUCCUUCUUUCAACUCAAAUUCAUUAUCAUUAUAUGUCCGUAAAGAAUUAUGUGCAAGAGACAUCACUCCAUGCUGUGAAGUAUUUCAUACCAUUGCUGUAUAUUUCACUGCUUUAUGCUUGGAUAUAUUAAAUGCAGAUAUAGCAUCUAUCUCUGACAGCUUAAUACAGUCCUCAUCUGGAGUAGUGUGUUUUUUUGCCGAAUGAGGACAUUAUCUCCCCUAUUUGCACUGGAACAAUUUCCAGCAGCAAUAUGAUUAGCCCAAGAGGUCUCCCAUAGUACUACUAACAAAAGCCAGCCUGCUUUGAUUCACCUAUAAGGAAGGAGAAAUGUACAGGAAUACAAGGUGGUAUAAUUUACUAUUGAAGCCAUUAGGCAAGACAGGUGCACAGGUAGUAUUAUAUAGAAUUGAUUCCAUUAGGGAAAAAAACACAGGGUGGCACAGCUGCUGGUCAAAUAUAGGGAUGACAUGCAGUUUUUGUCCGCAGUGAGAAACAGACAGUCAGCCAAUAACAGAAUAUUAACCAGAGGUGGGUUAGGUAUUCAGUACCAAUAUUUAUUUACAAAAUGCUUCACUUUCAACCAUGAAACAAUUCACUUGAAAUGGCUAACUAUAAAAGACCAGGGCAGUGCUUUGCUUUAUUCUUGUUCGGAACACUUACUGAGCACAGUGGGCUACUUGUUUUGCAUGAUGAUGAAAAUUGUAAAAAUAUAAUACUGUAAUAUUGCAUUACAUUACAUCCAUUUACUAGACACUCUUGUUCAGAGCAUCUCUGCCAGACCACAUACAUAUGUGCAAACACAACACCAAAACCACUGUACAGAAUUAUGCUAAAGCCUACAAAUGAUUCAGUAUUCUCAGCAACAACAAAAACGUUGUUCAAUGCAUUAAGGACUCUUGCACUCAA